AUGGCAAAGCAUCAUCCAGAUCUGAUUUUUUGUCGCAAGCAGCCAGGUGUUGCUAUCGGUCGACUUUGCGAAAAAUGUGAUGGCCGCUGUGUUAUAUGUGAUUCAUAUGUUCGGCCAUGUACGUUAGUGAGGAUUUGCGAUGAAUGCAAUUAUGGAUCAUAUCAGGGACGCUGUGUCAUUUGUGGAGGCUCGGGAGUCAGUGAUGCUUAUUACUGCAAAGAAUGUACGAUUAUGGAAAAGGAUCGAGAUGGCUGUCCAAAAAUCGUCAACUUAGGAAGUGCCAAAACAGAUCUUUUCUACGAGAGGAAGAAAUACGGUUUUAAAAAAAAUGGAUAG